AUAAUUAUUUCUUUAUGUUUCAGGUGCUGGAAAGUGCUAUGGGAGAAGCCACAACAUUGUCCACUCCUCAAGACCAGGUUGAGGCAUUGAUUCAGCAAGUUGCAGAAGAAAAUGGCCUAGAAAUUAUGAGUCAGCUGGAAGCUGUACAACCUGGUACGUCCUCCCUCAAAAAUCAAGAAGCACAACGAUCUCAAGGAGAGGAAGACCAACUUAGCAAAAGACUUGCUUCUUUAAGAAGUUGAUUGACGUCUAAGGGAAAGACACAAUUCUCCAAAUUUAAAAACCACAGACAGGGUCUACACCUUUCUUCAAUGCUUCACAGGAUCAAGGAACAGUAAAUGAUGUUUUUUAGCAAUAAGUGAUAGAGCGGUUUUCAGUUCAGUGUAAUCACUCAAAGUUAUCGCUAUAGCCAAUCACAAAAGACACAGACACAACAGUGAACCAAUCAAAACUAGAAGUAACGUAGCUGUCGCAAAGCACAGGAAAACGUUUGGAGUGAGUCAUGAUUGGCUUUGGUUUUUACUUCUGAUUGGAUGAAAAAGUGGGGCGAGUUUUUUAAGCCAAUUGUAUAGCAUGGUAAGUGCAAAACCAAUUACUUUUCGACACUCUAAUGAAAACCACUGUAUGUCCAUUGUAAUAAAUCCAUAGUUUUCUAAGCUAAUUGUGUCACAGAACAUCUGUUUAAGAAAUUAGAGCAGUUUUUCAAUUAGCUGUUGGAAUGUAAUUGUGCCUUUACUCUCGCUUUUCAUUGUCUAACUUGAGCAGUUAAUGUAGAAGCUCUGUUAAGUCCCUGAGUGAGAUAUUUUCGUCACGACUUUUUGAGGUUCGAGGUCGGUAAGUAGAGAGUGGAUCAUUGGCUUACAUCUUGUUAUACAUGUAAAUCAGCUAUGGUUAAUAGAAAAGAAAGGAAGUGAACGAAGCAGACAUUACAUAUUAUAAGUGUUGUUUUAUUGCACAUUUCCACAAGACUUAAAACGUGUUUUAUUAAACUAACUUAAAACGCGUAAAAUUACCUCAAGAUAAUUGUUCUUGAUUAUAAAUUGUGGCAGAUUACCAUUUAGAUAGCUAGAGGGGAGGGCCUCUAAGCAAGUGGGGGGGAGUAUUAUAGCAAAAACAGAAAAUUAUUUACAUUUGCGUUAGACAAUUUGUGGUAGUUUCUUUAAGAGAAAGAUACCAUGCAACUUGCUCUAACGAAGCCAAACAAACAUGGUGUUUUUGUGUCAUCCGCGAAUGGUUGUAGCAAAACGAAAACAUCAAUGGUUACCAGGCCUAAUUUUUCUUUGCAUUGUGAUUGGUUCGUUUUGCGCUGCUCUCACCGGUCGCCAUGGAAACGAGCGGUAAAUGACUUCUGUUGAAGGGUCGGUUUGUUCACUGCGUUAUUUGCGUUUCCUGUGAUUGGCCAGUGUGAUUACUUUAGUUGAAAGUCUUACUACAAUCGAUAGAAAACCGCUGUUACAUAUAAGGGACGGACCAUUAUUUUUUGAGGAGGAGGAAUUGGGCAAUUUCUGAAAAAUAAUUCCUACACAGCAAAAACUGCUGAAAAAAAAAAUCGUUCAAGGAGAGCCAUGGGCAAAAAAUCAAGCAAGCGCUUUCCACUUUUGAUGUUAAAAAAAUUCUGGCACAAGCUAUUGCCCAACCAAAAAAAAAAAA